CGUUGCUAUAAAUCAUGUCUAGGGUUUCAGUUGAAUGUGUUUGACUCAGCCGACUUCCCCAACUCUCUUCCGAUCUCUUUGAAUCAGGAGAGAAUAAUUAGCAAUGGCACCCACAUUCUAUGUUGGUUCGGAAGCUGGUCUCAAGAAGCUCGAUGACUACCUUUUGUCUCGUAGUUACAUCACUGGAUACCAAGCUUCUAAGGAUGAUCUUGCCGUUCACGCCGCCUUCCCUAAACCUCCGUCGGCACAAUACGUGAAUGUUUCUCGUUGGUUUAACCAUAUCGAGGCACUUUUGAGAAUUUCUGGUGUAUCUGCUGAAGGAAGUGGUGUUACUGUUGAGGGCUCUGCUUCUUUCCCAGAAGAGGCUGUUGCAACUCCUCCAGCUGCUGAAACCAAGGCUGCAGCGGAUGAGGAUGAUGACAGUGAUGUUGAUCUCUUCGGUGAAGAGACUGAGGAGGAAAAGAAGGCUGCUGAAGAUCGCGCAGCUGCGUUGAAGGCAUCCGGAAAGAAGAAAGAAUCUGGCAAGUCUUCAGUUUUGAUGGAUGUUAAGCCUUGGGAUGAUGAGACCGACAUGGUAAAGCUUGAGGAGGCUGUAAGAAGCGUCCAUCUUGAUGGUUUGCUUUGGGGUGCAUCAAAAUUGGUACCAGUUGGAUAUGGUAUUAAGAAGCUCCAGAUCAUGCUCACCAUUGUUGAUGACUUGGUGUCUGUUGACACACUCAUUGAAGAGAGACUUUGUGAGGAACCAAUCAACGAGUAUGUUCAGAGCUGUGAUAUUGUUGCUUUCAACAAGAUCUAGUUCAUCAAUGUUGUAUGGGUUGCUGCUGUGGCGCAUGAUGGUUCCUAUGUGCUAUGUUCAAUGUUUUCUAUUUUAAUGUAUCCUCCAUCUAAUGGAAAACCCGUUUGUCAGCAUUAUUAUUCCAGUUUUGACUAUUAUGUACUUGAUGUUUUUGCAGUAAUACUGGAAUUUCUUUGAGUA